AAGAAUAUGGGCCGACUGUCGGAGGGCUCCACAAGGCUAAAGUAGGAUUUACUUCCAUGCGGCGUCAAGGUCAUGUAACCGAAGGUGCCCUGAGGCCGGAGCACGACAUAUAUCCAGGUAGGCUUGCCCCGAGGGGUUCGUAGUUCGUACAGAUCUUUCAAGUUUUAAGCGAUCUUCUCGGGGUCGUCAACUUUUAUCUCUCUUGUUUCGCAAGAGGUGGAACUUGGAUAGUCAUUAGAUAUAUCCCAAUUCCGACCCAAGAUGAGCGCCCUCUUCGCCAAAUUUAAAGGCGAUUCUAAAGACGAUUCCGCGCAUGUCGCGGAAUCGUCGGCCUUCGAGAAAGACGCCGAGACGACCGUUGUGCCUCAAGAUCAUGAAUCUCACGAGCAUGCGUCUCACGGCCAUGUGUCGGACAGUGAUGAAGACAGCAUUGACAAGAAGGCUCAGACCGGUGUUCAAGAUAUGGAAGCCACCACGAAGAUCUGGACCUUCUCGAAUCUCGUCAUAGCAUACGUGAUGAUCUGGUUGAUUUACUUCAUCGAUUCCAUGCAGUCGGGCGCAACCAACUCUUUGACCCCCUAUGUUACCAGUUCCUUCUCGCAGCAUUCCUUGACGGCUACGACGUCUAUCCUGUCCAGUAUCAUUGGUGGUCUGACCAAGCUUCCAUUGGCGAAGAUCGUCGAUGUCUGGGGCCGCCCGCAAGGUUUCCUCCUCAUGAUCUUUAUCUUGACGGUCGGUAUCGUCAUGAUGGCCGGAUGCAACAACGUCAAAACCUACGCUGCGGCGCAGGUGUUCUACUGGGUCGGAUUCAACGGCGUGGGAUAUUGUCUCUCCAUUUUCAUUGCCGAUACAUCGUCCCUCAAGAACCGAUCCCUCAUGCUCGCCUUUGCCAGCAGCCCCUACAUCGCGACGACGUGGAUUGGCGGUCCGAUGGCCAAUGCGAUUCUCAAAGGCCCUGGAUGGCGCUGGGGCUUUGGAAUCUUCUCUAUCGUGACGCCAGCUGUGACGCUUCCGUUAUAUGCGCUGUUCACCUAUAACCACAUGAAGGCUAAGAAGGCCGGAUUGGCACCUAAGCGGAAUAGCGGACGAACACUUGCUCAAUCUUUGAAGCACUAUGCCAUCGAGUUUGAUCUCGCUGGUCUGAUGCUCCUAAUCACGGGCUUUUCACUCUUCCUUCUCUCCUUUGCGCUCUAUAGCUACCAGAAAGAUCAGUGGAAGAGCCCUUUGAUUAUUUGCUUCAUCAUCUUUGGCGUACUCCUCCUCAUCGGCUUUGGUCUGUACGAAAAGUACCUGGCCCCUAAGACAUUCAUUCCAUUCGAGAUUUUGGUCGACCGUUCGGUGUUGGGAGCGUCGAUUCUCUCCGGCGUCCUGUUUGUCAGCUUCUAUAUCUGGGACAGCUACUUCAUCUCCUUCCUUCAAGUGGUCAACGGUCUCUCUGUGACGGAGGCGUCUUAUGUCGCCAAUAUUUAUAGCAUUGGGUCCUGCUUCUGGUCGAUCGUCGUCGGCGGUCUUAUCCGCUGGAGUGGGCGCUACAAAUGGCUCGGUCUCUACUUCGGACUGCCACUGAACGUGCUCGGCAUUGCUCUGAUGAUCCCCUUCAGAUCGGCAGACAGCAAAAUCGGAUUGAUCGUGAUGUGCCAGAUUUUCAUUGCCUUCGCUGGAGGCACGUUGGUGAUCGUCGAGCAGAUGGCAGCAAUGGCUGCCGUGACCCAUCAACACGUUGCCGUCGUGUUGGCCAUCGAGGGCAUGUUUGCGAAUGUCGGUGGAGCCAUCGGCCAAGCAAUUGCAAGCGCUGUAUGGACUGGUGUUUUCCCGGUACGACUUGCAGAGUAUCUGCCGGAGUCAUCUAAAGCCGACGCGUUGACCAUCUACGGCGACAUCGAGACGCAGCUAUCAUAUCCCAUGGGCUCUCCGGAGAGAAUCGCAAUUCAGAUGGCAUAUGCCGAUGCACAGAGGUAUAUGCUCAUCGGCGGCACGGCCAUUUUGGCGCUCGGAUUCCCCGCGAUCAUGGUUUGGCGCGAUAUCAAGGUCAAGGAUUUCAAGCAAACCAAGGGUCUGGUUGUCUAAUGUUUGGAAUCAUUCGGUGUGAUAUACCAGGAGAAUGGAUGGAGGAAAAGGUAGGUUGGUAUUGGCGUCAAGCAUCAGCAGGGGACGCUCUUCGGGUAGCCCAAACAUUGUACUGCAUAAUGAUGAUGACUUGUCAGUUCAGUAGCAUCCAAUCCAGAAUCUAUGGACUCGUCUUAUCUUCUCCUUGUAUUACCUCACCUUGACCUCACCUUGUCUGGUCGUCAAUGUUAAGAUGUUCCGCCCAUGCAGCAUAAUUGAAAUUGAUAGACACAACCUUGACAACAUAUCUCUGAUGAG